GUUUCGACAGACGACAGGCGUUCCAGACUCUUGUCUAAAAGUUUUAAAUUAUUCUAAUACUGUGAAGUUCAGUUUGAAAUAGUGUUCAGUUGGAGAAAAAAUCGAAUUAACUGGUGUCAAUUUGAUCUAAAAUAUUUAAUAGAACCUGACUAACCUGAGGAAUAUUAUUUAAGGACCACAAGUUGAAAAUGUCCUUCCUAAUUACUGAGGAUCCUAUUACCGAAAACGAUGUCGAGACUCGAGAGGAUGAGGAGGAUUUAGAUCUAAAAAUUAAAUUUGAAUCUGAAGAUACUAUUCAGACCGAAAACAGUACUUCUGAUUCAACCAAGCUAACUAUUCCAGUUGAUUCCGAAGCCGCAGGAGAGGAGAUCAAGAUCACCAAAGUUAAUGGAUCGGAUUGCAAUAAAGAGCGGAAAAACGCUAAAGAAAACUCCAUUUGGGUAUCUAACCUUAACUGUAAUAUUAAAGCGGUUGAUGUUAGGGAAGUUUUUAGCAAGAUCGGAAAAGUAAAAGGUGUCAAAAUUUUAACCAACAACAGCAACUAUUUUGCUUAUGUUACUAUGAAAGAUGCAGAGCAGGUUGCUCUAUGUAUCGAAAAGCUAAACAAUACUGCGAUUAAUGGAGAAAAUAUCAUUCUUUCCACAACAAAGCCAUGUAUAAAAGAAGCUGAGACUAAAGUUAAAACGAAAGAAGAUAAUACAGAUGUGUUAAAGCAAGAAAACAACGUGACUGCAAGAACAUCUAAUAACGAAAAUAAUGUAAAAUCGGUAUCAGAAGUAUCUAAUACAGAUGGAAAUUCAAGUUCUAUCAUUGCAAAGCAGAAAAGAGAAAUUAGCAGACUAAAACACGAGUUAAAAAUUGUGAAUAAUAAAAAUAGUAGCCUAAAACCGAGUCUGAAAGAUAUCCAAAAAAAAUACGACACAGUUUAUUCCAAAUAUAAAAACUUAAAAAACCAAAUGGAAAAGAUGGAAACGGAAAAUCGCCAAAGACGCAGAAAGCUAAUUUUGGACCAAGAAAAUUUCGAACAUUCAAUAAAAUCGAAAAUGGUAGCGGUAGAUAAUCUCAAACAAGAGCUGAAUAGACAGCUAGAGGUAACCAAACAGUUAAAGGAAAGGUUAAAUAACAAAUUAAGUGAUCUGAAUAAUUAUAACACUUACAAAAGAACCAGAUCACCUUCCAGAUCUAGAAGAAGCAGAGGACAGCAGGGUAAAAAAUUUAGGCAUUUAGAUGAUUUUGACAAGACUAAAACGCCUCCACCACCUAACCUACGUAUUGAAUCAGGUAAGCAGUCUGGUUAUAACGCUAGCUCUUCCAGUCACGCUCCAGCUUUCUCCAGCGGAAUGAAGCCUGCAAUGGGCUUCAACCGCCACGAGAACCGUCCAUUCCAACAAUCAAUUCAUCAUCAUUCCAAUCUAGAUCAAAGAAGAGCCAACACUCAUGAAUAUGGUGCGUUUUCAGCUUCGCAACCUUUUUCGAUGGGGCAACCUGUGAGGGGUCCAGAGGAAGAUUUGAGAAUACGCUUAAAUAAAAAAAACGUGAAUGGGAAACAUCAACAGAGAUGACAUGGUUGCUGCAGAAAACAUUGGAACAUUGGCAGUGUUGAAGUUUCUAGGAGCAGUCCAAACCAAAACAGUUGUACAUAAUAAAAUAAGCAAUUAUGUAUCUAAAUAAAAAAAUACCCUGUA